UCCCCUCAUUGUUUACAAAUUUCGCUGUUUGGAUUUGUGAAUGUCCUUCUUCCCCUCAGCAUGAAUCUCGAGCUUUUAGAAUCGUUUGGCCAGAACUACCCAGAGGAAUUUGAUGGGGCCCUGGACUGCGCAUCACUAGCUGGCACCUGCGCUUUUAAUAGACGCGGCACUCUACUGGCCGUGGGGUGCAAUGACGGCCGAAUCGUCAUAUGGGAUUUCUUGACCCGCGGCAUUGCGAAGGUCAUCAGUGCUCACGUUCAUCCUGUUUGUUCUUUAAGCUGGUCACGAGGGGGCUACAAGCUCCUUAGUGUUUCUACCGACAAUAAUGUCUGCAUAUGGGACGUCCUGAGCGGGGAGUGCGAUAUCAAGUACAGAUUUCCCUCACCCGUUAUGAAGGCCCAAUUUCAUCCACGCAAUGACAAGAUCUUCCUAGUUUGCCCCAUGAGACAUCCAGCGGUGCUCGUCAACGUCGAUGCCUCGCACAAGAUUGUUCCAAUGGAUGAUGAGGGAGACGUCAACAUUGUUGCCUCCUUCGACCGUCGCGGAGAGUACAUAUUCACGGGCAACAGCCGAGGGAAGCUGCUCAUCCUCUCCUGCCCAGAGUUGGAGGUCAAAUCAACAUUCAGGAUCGGCCAAGGAACCACAAGUGCCGCUGCCAUCAAGAGUAUUGACUUUGCGCGCAGAACAGAGUUUUUCCUUGUGAAUUCUGCUGACCGUGUUAUUCGCGUUUACGAUGCGAAGAAAGUCCUUAGGUGCGGGAAAGAUGAUGAUCCAGAACCUAUACAGAAGUUACAGGAUUUAGUUAACAAAACCAUGUGGAAGAAAUGCUGCUUCUCUGGCGAUGGCGAAUAUAUCUGCGCAGGCUCGGCCAGACAGCACUCCCUGUACAUUUGGGAGCGCAGCGUGGGAAACCUGGUCAAGAUCUUGCACGGUACAAAGGGAGAGAUGCUUCUUGAUGUUGUGUGGCAUCCAGUGCGACCAAUUUUGGCAUCCAUCAGCUCUGGGGUGGUGUCUGUGUGGUCACAGAACCAGGUGGAAAACUGGUCGGCUUUUGCCCCUGACUUCAAGGAGUUGGACGAGAAUGUGGAAUACGAGGAGAGAGAAUCGGAGUUCGACCAGAGCGACGAGGACAAGAGUGUUGAAAUGAGCCAGGAGAAGAAGGAGGAGGAUAUUGAGGUGGACGUUACAGCGAUAGAACCUGUAGCAGCCUUCUGCAGCUCAGAUGAGGAAGAUGACAGCAGUACCCUCCUGUACCUCCCCAUCUCACCGGAGAUUGAAGAGCCCGAGGAAGGUUGGGGACCAGAGGGGGCACCUAAUGAGGACCUGAACAGCAAGCGCUCGGGCGACUGCAAGGAGAAUAUAUCCCCGAAGAAGAAGAGACCCAAGACCUUUGAUGUUACCUUAGAGAAUGCACCCACAGAUGAAGUGCACCCCUUGGCAAGCAACAGACCGAAAGACAAGCAAAUGGCAGGGAAUAAGAAGGGAAGAAAUAACUCAAAAGGAGACUCUAAGAAGGAUAGAAAAAAACAUUAAAAUUACUUUUUAUGUGAAUAUAUCCUUUCGUGUAUUUAACUUUUUUCUGUAAUUGAUAUUAGUUUUAUAUGUAUAUAUAUUUUUUUUUUUUUACUAGUACUAUUAUUGCUACUAUAAAAUUUAUUUUUCUUCUUAGCAGCCAUAAAUAUUUUCCUUGAGGAGCAAAUAAACGGAAACAUUAAUGCUAUUGCUUCUCUCAAUAUUUUGUUUCCUUCUUACAGUUUUUAUAUAUGAUUAUAUAUAUUUUUUCUUUUUUCAUAAUCGCUGAAAAGAAAACAGGAAAAAUAUAUGUUCUAGGAAGAUGACUUGGCAGUAUUCUUAAUGUGAAUGUUUCAGUUCAUAUAAACAAUUUUUAUGUGUAUAAGUUGUAGCUGUCUUUUUCUUUUUCAUUUCGUCUUUAUUGCCACAGGAGGAAAAUUUAAAUUUCCAAGAAGAAAACACACAAAAAAAAACAAAAAAACAAAGAACAUUCAUAGCUGCAGCAACUGUAUGUAUUAGAUUUAAGACAACAUACAAAUACAGAAAUAACUAGAGUUCAUGUUUUCGUCACUUUUCAUACACGUAAUCCUUUUAUACCAGGAAAUACAAACGACCGGUGUCAUAGCCAAUGCCGAGAGUCCUAGUCACUGUACCUGAAUCAUCUGGACUAGAAAACCUCGGCAAUUGUGAAAUUAAAUGUGCAGUUGUAGGGUGAGCUUUCCGAGAAUGAACGUUGUGUACAUUUACUCUUUUCUCUGUAGGUAAUGCAGAUCAUUUUAAUACACUAUGGAAAGAAA